CCUCCCACCUCCCCUGUAACUCCUCAAGGAUCAGAAGGAAGAAAACAAAUCUGCACCAUGAACCUGUGGCUCCUGGCCUGCCUGGUGACCUGCUUCAUAGACACCUGGACCCCGGCUGUCCAAGCUCAAGGUGUCUUUGAGGACUGCUGUCUGAGGCACCAUCACCACAUUAGGAAGGAUAUGCUCAAGCGGGCCCACAGUUACCGGCUCCAGGAAGUGAGUGGGAGCUGUAACAUUCAGGCUGUGAUAUUCUACUUCCCUCGCCGAGAUAAGAAGGUGUGUGGGGACCCAGAGGCCAAGUGGGUACAAAAUUGGAUUAAGUUUCUGGAUCAUCGGAAAAUGCAUCACCAAGGCACCUCAGGAAAACCCCAAGGCUCACACCCUAUUGGGAAGAAGUUGAGAUUUGGAACCUAUAGGGUUCAACAUAGCAUCAGAAGCAACGAGAGGAAUGCCUCCCUCCCAACAAGAGCUAAUCCAGGACCGUGAGACUGCACAUUUCCAGGAUCAAUCAACACAAGAUGGGCUGGAGUUUCUCCAAUGUGACUGGCCUUGCAGCCCCCAGUUGCUCUCUCCUCCAAGCCAACUCUCAAAGCCCAGUCCCUGAGUCUGCGUUGGUUCUCUCACCGCUGCCCCCUCCUGUCCUUAGGCAGCUGAAAGGAGGGGUCUGGCCUCAUUUCAAGCCCUUUGUUUUCUCUGAGAACCAGAGCCAGCCCUGGCCAACGGUCCUGAUAAGAAAUCAUCAAGGCACACCACCCAUUUGCAGUCUUUUGUCACCGGCUCUGGGGCCACACCUGCCUCUGUCCCUCUGGGUCCUUGCAAACCUCUAGUCCAUCCAGGGACACCCCUCUUGAGCUGUGCUUUAAAAAAUAAACCUUUGGUGGGUCAUCAUUCCUGUCUCUGUCACGUUUCA